GGCGGAUAAACUUUUAUUUUACAACCAGGCUGCUGCUGUAACUCCGGUCCGGCAGGUGGCGGUAAUGCGCCUGUAAACUGGCUCAGCAGCUGCCAACACAAACAACACGAAGAAGAAGAAGUAGAAGGAUUCUGCUAUUUGGUAGCUUAGCCCGAAUGUGCCUCCAAAUAUGUGAGAAAUGUGAGGUUAACCACAUUUCUGACACACUCUCUGCUUUGAACGCUAUUAGCUGCAUACCAUGGCGGACUGUCACUUUCUGUUGGAGUUGGACAUCUCGGCUGAACUGGACUGUCGCGGUUUCUGUGGCUCUUGUUGUUAUUGUAGCUAGCGUUAGCAUUAGCUAAAUCAGCCAACACUGCUGUUUUCGUUCUCAGAAGAGCCGAUGUUGAUUCACUGCUGCGGGACAGUAAACCGCAAAAGCAAGGCAACUCCGGAGCAAGUUGCAGACAGAAACAACUGACAUUAGCAAUGUUGAUUUAGGCAAGGUUAUAACUUAGUUAAUUAGUGAAAUUAAACAUCUAAGUUAACGCUAUUACCGCUGCAUACUGUAGGGAGAGCCACCUCAGUUAAAAUGUUAUUAGUUAUCAGAAGGUUAGCUAACUCACCUAUCGCUGCCAGCAGCAAGAGUUUGCUGUCUACAUGUUUUGAGAUGGAGCAGCAGAUUGCAAGCCGCUGAGGUGUUUCUGGCUCUGCACUACACAUCUGUCUGAGUUUGGACGCCUGUGAAAAGGGAAAUCAUGUCUUGCAAAGCCGCAACCAAGGACAAGAAGUCGAGCUUCAGCAAGAAGCUGUUCAGGCGAGGCUCUGUGCGCUCUGUGGGCAGUUUCAUGAGCAGAGUCCUGAGGACACUAUCAGCGUUAUCCCACUUUGGAUCUGAAGUGCAAACCGAGGAUGACAAAGAUGAUGGAGGAUUUUCCACGUUUAAAUCUGGAAACAAGGAUGUGCCCAUGGAUGAUGGGGACCUCGGGGGAUUCCUGUCCGGAGAGAGGAUUCCUGGAGUGUCCGGUCUGAAAAACCACGGGAACACCUGCUUCAUGAAUGCAAUCCUGCAGUGCCUCAGUAACACUGAACUCUUUGCUGAGUACCUCGUUUUGGAGCACUAUAAGGAUGAUGAGCUGAAUGAGGACAAACCAAAGACAAAUGGUGUACAUCUGCAGAAGAAGGGUCCCCUGGCCAAAGGAGAGGUUACAGAGCAACUGUCAGGACUUGUGCGGGCUUUAUGGACAUUUGAGUAUACCCCUCAACAUAGCAGGGACUUUAAGAACGCUGUGUCAAAAAAUGCCACUCAGUUUAAAGGGAAUGCUCAACAUGAUGCUCAAGAGUUUCUUCUGUGGCUGCUGGACAGAGUGCACGAGGACCUCAACACAGUCCCCAACAGCAGGCCUGCUAUAAAGCCACCUAUUGAGGAAGACGAUCAAAGCCUUGAGGGGCCGUCUCCUCCUCUCUCAGCUGGGUCGUUUGUACAAGAACUGUUUCAGGCUCAGUACAGGUCUUCUCUCACCUGCCCACAUUGCCAAAAGCAGAGCAAUACAUUUGAUCCCUUCCUCUGCAUCUCCUUACCCAUCCCACUACCACACACACGGCCCCUGUAUGUGACAGUGGUCUACCAGGGGAAGUACUCUCACUGUAUGAGGAUUGGAGUUGCGGUGCCCCUCAACAGCACUGUCUAUCGCCUCAGAGAUGCUGUGUCACGUGAGACCAAGAUCCCAAUAGACCAGUUUGUUUUGACUGAAAUGUACUAUGACGGCUUUCAUCGAUCAUUUUGCGACGACGACGACGAUCUUGACAUCAUUCAAGAGAGCGAUUCCAUCUUUGCCUUCGAGACACCAGAGACGUUUAAACUGGAAAACAUACGCACAAAAAGAGGAAGUCUUCUGGCAAACCUAAAUCAUAACAACUUGAAAUAUGGGACAGAAAUCAGCAGGACUCCAUCUUUCAUGCAGGGGGCCAUGACUCCUGUUACUGCAUCACCCAAUAAAAACCUGGGACCAGAGAAAAUGAUCCUUUUGGUGUGUAACAGAGCUUGUUCCGGCCACCAAGGAAAGAGGUUCGGUCUUCCUUUUGUACUGUACAUGGAGCGCACUGUGACCUGGGAUGCUCUGCAGAAAGAGAUCCUGGAGAAAAUGCGUCAUCUUUUGAGACCCGGGGUUUACAUUCAGGUGGGACCUUUCAGUCUCCGAGUGGUCGGCGUCGUUGGUAUCACCUACCUCCUUCCUCAAGACGAGCGACCACUGUGUCACCCGACUGUGGAAAGAGCGUACAAGUCCUGUGGACAGGGGGGGCCACCACAUGUGAAGAUUGUGGUCGAGUGGGACAAAGAGACCAAGGACUAUUUGUUUGGACACACCGAGGAAGAGUACAUCCCUGACGCCGAGAGUGUUUAUCUGCACAGGGAACAGCAUCAUCAGCCGCAGGCCUGCACCCUCGCUCAGUGCUUUCAGCUCUACACGAAGGAGGAGCAGCUGGCCCCAGACGAUGCCUGGCGCUGUCCCCACUGCAAGCAGCUGCAGCAGGGCCGCAUUAAGCUCAGCCUGUGGACGCUGCCGGAUGUGCUCAUACUGCAUCUCAAGAGGUUCAGACAGGAGGGGGAUCGGAGGGUGAAGAUGCAGAACAUGGUGAAGUUCCCGCUGAUGGGCAUGGACAUGGCACCUCAUGUGGUUAAAAGAAGCCAGAGCAGCUGGAGUUUACCUUCCCAUUGGUCACCAUGGAGACGACCGUACGGCCUGGGAAGAAACCCUGAUGACUACCUGUAUGACCUCUACGCUGUGUGCAACCAUCACGGGAAUAUGCACGGAGGCCACUACACAGCUUACUGUAAGAACUCCAUUGAUGGUCAGUGGUACUGCUUUGAUGACAGUGAGGUUUCACCAGUAGCUGAUGAUGACGUAUGUCAGCAGACGGCCUAUAUACUGUUUUACCAGCGCAGGACUGCUAUUCCCUCCUGGUCAGCCAACAGCUCUGUUGCAGGUUCCACCAGUUCGUCCCUGUGUGACCACUGGAUCAACAGGUUGCCUGGUAGUAGGCCUGCUAGCUUGGCCUCUGGAGCCUCAUCCAGACGCACUUCUCUGGCUUCACUGGCUGAGUCAGUAGAGUUUCCUGGAGAACGUAGUGAAGAUGAUGGAGGAUUCUCUGUCCGCCCUUUUGUGAGGAGCAUUCAGCGUCAGAGCUUGUCCUCCAGGUCAUCCAUCGCUAGCCCUUUAGCCUUCAGCGACAGCGGGAUAAAGCCCUCUUGGUCUCUGUCUGCGAAGCUGCACAUGAGAUCCAACUCACCCUCACGUUUCUCCCUCGACUCUCGAUGUUCACCUCCUCUGGAGAGGAUAGGUGAGGCCUGUGAUGACAAAGUCUCCACGUCCUGUUUUGGCAGCUACAGUAGACAUGAGCGCUACUUUGGCAGCAGGACUCCCUCGUCUAUGACGGAGAGCAACUUCAGUGACCAGGACAACAAUAAAAGGUUCCUAGACAUGAUAUACUGUAGGGCUCCCACUCCAGUGGAAAAGAAGACCACCAAAAAUGAGCCAACUGAAAACAACAACCAGAUUACAGCUAUAGACCAAAACAUUCUCCCCACCCAAGCUACUCCCUCCAAAGAACAGAAACGCAAAAGCAGUAUCGUAGGGUUUGCCUCAAAGGCGGAAAGCACAGGCUCCACAAAGACAUCCAAAGUGGAGCAAGAGAAAACCUCCAAGAAACGUUUGUGCUCAACCCUUAAGACUUCCACUUCUGAGACGUCUUCCAGUACACCUGUGAAAGGCAAAAAGGUGAGCAAUACUAAAGAGAAGAGUGUCAGUGCCAAGAAAAGCACUUCCACACCCAGUGGGACUCCCUCCAAAACAAAGGAGUCGACUCAACUUCUAGAGGCAACACCACAACAUAAGCCAUGUGUGCGCUCCACACCUCAGUCCUCAGCUUCUCCUUCUCCAACUGCAAAGAAGAGCUCCAGCGUCACUGAGAAAAUCUCCACGAGCAGUCGGAAAAGACUGGUAGAAAGGAGCUACAGCAGAGAUUCUAUGCACACUAGCCCUCUGGUCGACAAUCUCAGAGGAAGCUCUGUAGCCCGCUCUACCCCGUCUAAGACUGGAGAAAGCAACCGGCCUGAAAGGAGAUCUGUGAGGAGCUCCAGCAGCAGCUCUUCUGUCACGAGCUUGCGCUCACCCAGCGUAUCCACUAGAGACCUGCAACGUAGCAGCAAAUCCGAGGAAAAAGGGUUGUCUUUCUUUAAGAGUGCCCUUCGACAAAGGGAAAGCCGCCGGUCGGCUGAUUUAGGAAAAAGCACCUUGCUUGCCAAAAAGGCCUCAGAGAGGACAUGCAAGCAGAACGGACAAGCCAAGGACAUCAGUGGUGAUAACGGAAAGAAAGGAGACGCUGUGUCAUCACAGACAUCUUUAGAGACUCAUGGAGGUGAGACAAAGACCGAGACAAAGGAGUCUUCCAAGCCCUCCAGCUCUCUCAGUCGCACUCUGUUACAUGUAGGCAAGUCCAAGUCUUCCACUUCUGAAGUAAGUCUUAAGUCUCCCUCAAACGGGAAGAAGCCUCUAGAAAGGAUGGCAUCUUCCCGAAAGCUGUCAUCAAGCAUGCAAUCUCCUGCACGUACAACACAGAGGCCUCAAUGAUAUAUCCAUAGUAGUUAUAUUACAUAAUGCAGCUAUUUUCUUUGUGCCUAAGUUUCAGUGAGCACUAGAUGUAUUUGUACAGGGACACAUUUUUUGAUGUUGUGGUAGCACACUGGCAACAGAUGCGUACGGUGCCUUUUGAGGUUUGAAUAUAGGCAACCAGCUUUGAUUAUUUUUAGCUGUACAGGAUAAAAAGCAAAGAUCUGUUUGUCAUUUGGAUAUUUUGGGUGCCAAACAAUUUGCCGCCUGGAAUGCUGCUAAUUUCAUAUCGUCCAUGUAUCAUGUAUUGUUACCAAUUACAGCUUUGAGCAUAAGCAAGUUUGGUACGAGUGAGAAAAUUGAGUGCAGGGUAAUAACUUGACACCUUAGCUGUUUUCUGGCAUUGAGGAUACAUAAGUGUGGCACGUGUAUUCAGUUCAUCUGUACAGCAUGACCUAUGUAAUCAUCUGUACUGAGGUUUAAAGUCGCCCGUGGAAUCUUGCAAUCCAAUUUUUGAGCCUUUGCAUAGCUGCAAACAUUACGAAUAUGAGUAGUUUGCUUGCUAAACAUUUUUUAGACAUUUUUUAAAUACACGUUGCAAAAAUUAAGUGGUAAGAAGUAUUUUCAGUUUGCACCAAAAAGACUAGUAAAUAUUGUCUAGUAAUGUUUUAAGCUAGAUCCUGUUAUAAAAGCUGGUUGUUGCUGUUUCAACCUCACUGCUAUCGUUUAAGCAUCUUAAUCGGUAGAGAGUAUGGCACCUUAACAUAAGAAAUAGUCUCUGGACAAAUACUGAAACUCAGUUGAUAUGCUCACAUGCACAUAUACUGUAUACACACACAAAAGAGUUUCAUUCCGAAAUAAUUGUGGCAAAGUGUUCAUAGUAGUUUUCAUAGAUUGAUUUGAGCUGAUCAAAUUGACCACUAAUAAGUAAAAACCUUCAAUCUGUUUUUCCAUCUUUUCUCACACACCUAAUGCAUUGGUUAAAGGGGCCCAUAUGAGCGCGGAGGAACAGUCAUUUGUAGAUUAAAUGUACUGAUUUAGUUAUUUCACAUGCUUCAUGUCUUGGUAGUAUCUUGGAUCAUUAGGGAGAUGAAAAGACAGAUGAGGAGUUUACUUCUUGAUUAUGACCAUUAAAAGAAUAGAACUACAAAGGUGAUGGCAGGCCCUUGACCAAAACAGAAAAAAGAUUUGCAGUGAGAAAAAAUUAGAAUUGGUACACAAACUGAGACAAGUUUUCAGAUCUUUUAAAACUUUAUUUUUGUUUAAAUACUAGUAGUUUUAUGAUAGAAAUGUAUUUUAUUAAAUGCUUAUUGAAAUUAAGUACUUUUUUCUUAAAAGGAUGGUGCGUUUUGGAAUGAAACCCUUUAAAAUCAAAGUAUAUAAAUAUAUACACGUAUAUAUAUAGAUGUGUCUGUAUCAUAGACUGUAUAUAAAGAUGGACGACAUGAAACCUCCCCAAAAGUGGAGCCAAAACAUCUCGAUCGCCCCCUGGUGGCUGGCUGCAGUAUAGGUCAUAAGUCCCGCCCCCUCCAUGUUAGCGGAUGGGACCUAAGCCAAACGUUAAAAAAUCAAAAUUCAUGUCAAAUAAAUUUUUCCCCAAAGAUGGUUUCCAUCAUUUUAGGUAAUUAUUAUCGUGCUGACAUUUGUUCAAAUGCUCAUUUUUCUGAUAAGUUUGUUUUAAUUGGUUAAACAAGAUGUUUUGGCUUCACUUUUGCAUAGUGGCAGGAAGUAGAGACGCGUCAUCCAUCUUUAUAUACAGUCUUUGGUCUGUACAGAAAGUAUAUAGUAUAUACUCAUAUUUUCGUUUCCAUGAGCAAGAUGAAAAUGAUCUUAAGCGCCUUUCGAUAAAGAGGCAAAGUCCCUCUCCUUCCACUGUCCCCCAUGGGACCUUUUUUCAGAAAAAAAUGUGUACAGUAGUCAAAGACAAGAGACGAUUUUUUGAUCCAGUUUGAAUUGUGCCAUGAAUUACACAUAUGAUGUUUGUCAAUUUAUAUCACCACAAAAAGUUCUCUGUUUAAAAAAGUUAUGUGUAAAAAUAGUACCAUUUAGUUUUGUGUGAAACCGCUCAGUGAACUACAUCCCUCGUCUCGCACAAUAUACAUCACCAACACCAACAUGAUGGAAUAACUUUAUUGUCAUUGUGCAAACACAGUUAAAUUCCAAUUGCGUCAACCUCAAAUGAUGCAUUAGUAUUUAAGACUUCACACAUACACAUAUCAACAUGGCUGUCGCUUUGGCACUUUGGCAUUUCACUUAUUAAAAGCAUUAAAAGAGGUGAAAAUCACUACAAGUCUGGCCAUGUUGAGAGCUGCAGCUAAGCGAAAGGACUACAUCCUAGUACAAAACACACAGGCAUCGUGUUAACGUUAGCUUGAGCGGCUCUGGGUAGCUUGUGGGGAGAGAAAGUUAUGAAGUUACUUGCACAAAUUUUGCAUGUAUCGUCUUUCUAAUUAAAUAUUUUCACCAUCUUAUAGUUUAACAGUUUUAUGACAAACUAUGACUUUGUGGACUUGCAAAAUGAUCUUUUAAAUUGACAAACAUCUGAUGUGUAAUUCAUGGCACAAACGGGAUCAAAAAAUGAUUUGUCUCUCGCUGUUUGACCGUUACCAUACGCAUGUUUUCCAAAAUAAGGUCGCAUGGUGGUCUAGUGGGAGGGGAGGGACUUUGCCUCUCUAUGCUGUACAUGGAAACAAGUAAUUGCCUUUGGCAACAUAGUAGUCCACUACUGUAUGCAUCACUGAGUAGGAAUGUUGUUCGCACUUUGUAUAGAUAAAGUAUCGAUAAAAUAGUUUUCUUUUUCCCAGAACAGUGAUAUAUACACACACACACACACUAACUUAACAAUGUAAUUAUCUCAUUUUUAAUAUGUUGUCUGUACAUGAUUUCAAGACAUAUCGUAAAGUAGUGUCAACAGGCCUUAGACUUGAAAUGGUAAAAGGGUACAUUCAUCUCAAUGUUUCAGGGGUCAUUUGAAGAAAUCACCCCUUUACUACACCUGGUGCUGUAACAAGCCACUGCUCUUCUGGCACUGAUAUUUCUUAAAUGAGCAUAUUUUCACAUGCUGAUGUUCAGAACUGUGACCACACACUUCAGUGAACUAGAAACCUGUUGGCAGCGUUUAUCAUAACCUGUGGUACCUCAUUGGAGAAGACAAUACUUUGACAUUUUUUCUCUUUAUCAGACUGAAACAGAACAUUGAUAUUGAGCCGUUUAAUUGAUCAUAGAACUACAUUAGGUUGAAUUUUCUCAGCUAUCAGACACUGCAUGGCCUAUUUGUUUUGCAGUAAAAUGAUAAAAGCAUAUUGUUACAGCUGCAGCUGCCACGAUGCUUGCUGGCCACAUUUUGAACAAUCAGCUGUAUCAUUGUAGAAAUACCCCACUUGCAAUUGCAAUAUACAUACAUUAGAUGCCAGCAUAGUGUAUGUUUUUAAUGAAUGAAUGUGGUUAUGCCAUUAAAACUUAACCAUUAGUCGGUAGUUUUUAUUUUAAACAUUAACAUAAUCUUUGAACUAUACAAUAUUUCUCUGUGUAGCACCUACAAGGUUUACAUUGGUUCUCAGAUGGUUUUAAAGGAAAAUACCACCCAAUUUAAAGAUUUAAGUAUGUUAUUUGAUUGGCCUGUACAAGUUUAAACAAAUCGACACACUUGAUGUGCCUGGAUUCAAAUGGGUGCCAUUGUUUUUGGUCAGAGAGGUUUGCUUUUGAAGUAACCAGUCCAAAUCAAAUUUUCUUAACGAUCUUUUGCAUAUCAUGAUUGAAAAAUAAACUGUAAGGCAACAUAGCCAUGUAUCAACUUGAAAGCUACAGCUUGUUUUCUCACUAGACGUUAUUAUUUGUAAAAAGAUUGUUCACCAGUUGCUCUAUGGCAUCACUAUUUACCCAAAUCCUACACAGGAAUGUUUUACUUAAAUUAACAGUAAUCUGUUAAGAAUACUAAUUAGGCCAUGGACACAAGAAAACACAAACCAAACAUGAAUUAUCUUCAUCUCCUGUGUAAGACCAUAGAACAAUAACAUCCUUAAAUUGUUUAAAUGAGGUGGUUUUCCUGUAGCUGCUCUUUUCUAUGUAACAUUAUAAUCUAUCAGGAACCUGUAAUUGCAGCCAUGUACACGGCACCUCGGAACAAAGCAGGACAAUUUUAUGUAAUUGUGGCUUUCACCGUCUUGUUUGCCUGUUUUUAAAGUCUGUAAUUAAGUUGUAAUGGCCGGUGUGAAUUUUAGAACUGCACCAUGCCAUUACACUCACUUGUUUGUCCAUUUGUCCACUUGCGAGAAAAGCAGUUUAUUGGAUUAGUAAUCCAUUCAUGUAGAUAUAACCCCGUACAUUAUGAUCUUGAUGCCACUUCACUUUUUUUUACAUUUGAUAGUUAUUUAUAUUAACUUUGUUUUGGGAAUGAUACGGUGUGGGUCAUUCUGUAUAUUUCUUAUAAUAUAUGAUUUUUCAUUCACCUCUAACAGCUGUGUUAGUAGCCACCACAUUGCCCACUAAAUAAUAGCCCAUGUUACAGUAUCCUUUUCAACAUGAGAUAAGAUGAGAUGUGAUGGUUCAGCAGCUCAUUCAGUAGCAGCCAGGUGGUUUGUAGGGUUUUGCAGAGCUGCUGUAGAGCCCGAUGUAAGAUUUGAAUGUCUGUAGUAUCACUUGGAUCCUGUAUUAUAUGACAGGUAACUGCCGUCAUUCAGUGACAAACAUUAAACUUAGAUUAAGUAGGAUGUUUUGUUUUAUUUUGCCUUGACCAACAUACUAGUGGUAAAGCAAUAAUUUAAUAAUCUUAUAGUUUGCUGUUUAUCAAUCAGGCUAAAGAGUCUGAAGUUUGAAUAAGCAAAAAGUGUGACAUGGCUGACCUCUGUGAGUUCAAAAGGCCAUCGAAGACCAGUUGAGUGCUGUAGUCCAUAUGAGAAGUAGAUCUAACUAAUUAAUCCAUAUGUUGAAACAAGAUGUUGAAAAUCAAUGUAAAUGUAAGAGAAAAUGAAUCCACAUCUUAACAUGAUUGAUUUUCCUCUCUAGCUUUCUUCACUGCAGUUAUUGUCUUUUUUUUUUUCCUAUUUGUUGUCAGUGUACAGAAUUGAGAAUGAUUAAGGAAUGCAGUAUUGCAUGGAAACGCUAAUGCAUGUAUUUCAUUAACUAUGCAAGAAUCUGCUGCUGUGUAAAGUAGAGAGCAGAGCAUGGCUGGUAUAUUCCAUAGCUUCAUUUGCACACCAUUCCAAUAUUUAGAAAUUGUAAAUUACAGAAUAUUUCAUCUGUACAGAGAAAAAACUUAAACACACAAACACUUGCCUAUGUUAAAUACUAUUUAAUGCCAUAAUUGUUUUUACCAUGUAAUGUUCAUGUUUUGUUUUUGUUUUUUUCUUCUGAUUUUAUUUUAACUCUGCUGAUCUGUGCUCUCUGGGUGCUCCUGCCAAAUUGGUGGGUUAGUCUUUUUUUCUUGACAAGAUGUUAAAGAUUUACUGUUGUACACCAGCAGAGACAACACUAUGGAUGCGAUAAUUUUACUAAAUAGCAUCAUUUAUGUAUGUACGUAUUGUGAAAAAGCCUUCUAUUGAUUCACUUCCAAGUGAUAAUAGUUUGUGACCCUUCUGUUAAAAUGUUCUCAGUCGCAUCAAAGAUGUGGCCAAUCCCUAAACUCAUAUAAAUAUAUACAUCAAAAUGCAAUAAAGUAAAAUAACACAUUUAUAGUUUUAUAUUACAGUAUGUAAUGAACAGUGACAUUAAAAUGUAAAUGUUCAGUUAAUACUUUUUGUAGUAUUUCUGCCACAUCAAUCAUUUUAGUCAUAAUGUGAUUUUAUUAGUUUUUUGAUUCAAAACAGACAGUUUAUCAGUAAACAAGCAGCAUCUUCCAAACAUGCUUUAAAGCAGUGCGACUCUGUUCUGAUGACUGUUGAAGUGGGUAUAAAACAUUAUUCAGUCUAGUUGCGAAAAUGCAUUUAGGCUUCCUAGCAGAAGUUAAUUAAGAUUAGAGAAUCCCGCAUCAAGUUAUUGUUGUGACACGGCUGUUUUGUUUUCGUAGUUGUUUAACCGAGUCACAAAAAGUUCUACUUUUGCAAGGUGAAACACAUUAAUUAAUUCUAUUAUCUGCAACAACUUUUGUGUAGGAGUUUUACCACUAAAUCAAAGUUAGCAAAAACCACUUAAACUGAAAUAGCUAAAUCCUACAUUUGAGCCACAGCCUUAAGAUUCUGCAGAUGCUGUACAGCUGCAUUGAAUAAUAUUAAAGACUCAAAAUAAGGAACUUAAAUUGUUAGUUUUGAGUAAAACUGUUUUUGGUCAGAUAGAUGUGGCUUUUGAGGACAUUUUUCAGAUGUAAACCACCACAAACAAAUGAUAUUUAAACUUUUCAGAAGCCUUAAGCAAAACAAAUUGUAUUGGAUCGUUUGUAUCUUUGUGAUGAUACAGAAACCAAGGGGCUGCGUAAUGAAUGAAUGUCAUUUCCAACCAACUGGAGUAGGAAUCUAACUGUAAUGGAUGUUAUUUUUAAGCUAACAUUAAAAACACUACAGUGCUAAAGUGUCUGCCAUUUGAUCUUUUUGUGUUUUACUUAUGUCUUUUUAAAAAUGAUCAGUCCUAAAGCAUUUGUAAAAUACAGUAUGUUGCAAUUGUUGAGAAUUUUUUCACCUAUUAAGGCUGUUUUACUGUAUUCCUUAUUGUACAUGAGGUUGUUAUUGACAUCUGCAUCGACUGUACUGGCCAACUCUUUUUUUAAAAAAAGAAAAAUUACAUUAGGGCCUCUCCUCCAGCAUUUGCCUGUUGAGUUUCUCUUUUAAGUUUUUAUAUUUUUUAAGCGUUGAGAAAAGUGUUUUGACAUUCAGUAAUUUCAAGCAAGUACACUAGACUGUGUCAAAGUCUUCUAUGUUAAUUUAUUUCUCUUUUGUUAUCAUGUAUGCACUUUUUUUGUAUUUCUCCAAAAGGACAAAUGUGUAUAUACUUUGUUGUUUGUUGAUUUACCCAUGCAAGUAUGCAAAAUGAAAAAUCUGAUUAAAAAUAUUCAAAGAGUUA